AUGAUGUUUUGGAAAGUUGUGUUCGGCCUGUCAUUGAGUUUCGUGGCAGAAGCCGGCCAACUCAAUUCCGUUUCAGUGUCAGCCAUUGGUACAGACGGCCAGCCUGUCAUCUCCGGCUCUCCGCUGCAAGCCGUUGACAUUGGCUUUCAGACUGUGAGCGCCGGAACUACAGAGGCCACCAUUACUUUGCCAUCGGGGUUGAUUACGGUUAGUGGCAGUGACCCGGUCAACUUGACGUUCACAUCAGCUGGUGGCACAACGGUAACUUACACGACUACCACUGUGACCACGACUACAUACGAUUCGGACACAUCUGAUGCGAACGACACAACAACUACUUCGACCACCGUGCCACUGGCGCGACGCUUGGACGCUCGUGGCCCGCGAAGGUUGGCCGGCACUUGUGAUGUGACGGGCGCCAGCAUCGCGGCCGAUGGUUUGAGUAUGACUCUGUUCCUGGAGGAUGCCUCAAGCCCAGGAAAUCCUUGUCCGGCAGGAUCAACGGUCUCCACGUCAAUCACAGCGGAUGCUGGUUUGCAAGCGUCUUUCAACAAUGCCCCUGCUGGGUCCAUCAGCUUUGCGGUGUCAUCGAACGUUGACCAGGUGACGGUGCCAGUUGUGCUCAGUCAAGACGGUAGCGGAGGCUUUACAGUGUCUGUGGUUGGAGACCCUAUCACGUGGUAUGGAGGCAAGAAGAUUAAGUUCUGGUUCCCCAACUACAAGCUCAUGCCAAUGCUGCAGACGCCCGAGAUGAUCAUCUGGGCUAGCACUUUCGAGGGUCCGACCUUGGACUAUCAGUGGUUCGAGCGUUUCGUUGUAACCACACCAGGUGGUACUGAGCUCGUCGACAUCAGAGUCCGUCAUUCGGAGCCGGGCAUGAACAGGAGCCAUUUCAGCCGAGGUGACUUCAGGCAGUUGGAUAUUCGACUCCAGGGCGGCAGGCGUUUGCGUCGACAUUCCCAGAAGUUGUUCGGAUCUGCUGACGGGAAAGUGAAGAUUGGCGUGGGCGCUCGUGUCUACCACCCACCGCGAGUCCACUUCACUCCUUUGGUGGAAUUUGUGAUGGUCGAGAGCGACUCGAUUUCUUUCAUGGUCCAUGCCUCCCACGCUGGAGCAGAGUUCCCAGACGACAUCGGCAAGCAGGUCAAGUACACACACCUGGACUGGAUAAAUCUGGAAAUGGUGCAGGCCAAGCGCUUUAAAGGUAUUCUUCCGCAGCUUUGGGGAACCAUCCCACAGACUCCAGAGGUUGAGGAGAUGCUUGUUGCGCCAAGCAAGCGCCGCGAGCAUGAGCUGCAGCUCACAUGUGAGCUUUCGACCCAUGCCUGCACAACCCAGACAUGA